AUGGCGCCCCAGUUUGCCCCCAGAGGCUCCGUGGGAGCGUCGCCGGCACCGCCCCUGAUGCCAGGAGUGCCGUCAAUCGCCCCGGGACCGCCAGCGCCGAUGGCGCCGGCCCAGUUGGCGCCGCCGCCGGGCCAACCGCUAACCCACCCUGGCCAACCUCAAUCAGGAGCGGUGGCGCCUCAGGCGCAAGGCCAGCACUCCACGCGCCGGGGGCCGUGGCUGCCGCUAGAGGAUAAAAAGCUUUUGGACUUGAUCGCGAUGUUCGGCGCCACCAACUGGGUCCGGAUCCUGAACUCGUUGCUGACCCGUACUCCCAAGCAGUGCCGCGAGCGCUACCACCAGAAUUUGAAGCCGCUGCUUAACCGGCUGCCAAUUACCGCUGAAGAAGGGGAGUUGAUCGAGGUUUUGGUGGCUAAAUACGGGAAGAAGUGGGCGGAGAUCCUGCGCCAUUUGAACGGGCGCCUGGACAACGCCAUCAAGAACUGGUGGAACGGCGGCGCCAACCGCCGCCGCCGCGCCCUGCAGAAGAAAGACGACGACGACGGCGACGCCGCCUCGAUUAAAUCAGAGUCUACGGGUACCUAUAUCAAGCGUGAGCUGUCAGGCAGUCUCGGCGGCCUCGACGGCGGCGCUGUCAACGGUGCCGAGGCGCUGGCGACGCUGACGGCGUCUACGGCUGUCGGCGCCACUGCCCCCACUAAGCUCCCGACGCCGUCGCAGUACCCCCAGGUGCCCCAGCUCCCGCAGAUACUGUUCAACACGCUGAUGUUCGGCAAAACCCUGGAGCAGGCGCUGGCGCUGCCCCAUAAGCCGGCGCUGGCGCCGCCGCGGCUGGCGCUGUUUGACGUCGGCCGCGCCGAGACCAACGCCAUCACGUUGCCGCCGAUCCUGGCGACGAACAAGCGGCGCCUCCUUGAGGACCUGGUGGGCCGCCGCCACUCGUCGGUGCUGGCGCACUUGUACCACCACGGCGCCGGUCCCGUGCACCUGCAACUGCACCUGAAUCUCCCCGUGCUCGCGGGCGGCCUGGCGCUGCCCCCGUACCACGGGCUGCCGCUCCUUUUGCUGACCCAGGCGCUGCGCAACAACCUGGUGCUGCACUUUGAGUUGCUCAACCCGCUGACGCUGGCGCUGCUGCGGCGCCUGCUGUACGCGCCCGACUUGUUCCCCAACCCGCUCAAAGACGUGCAAAUCGCCGCCGCCAACCUCGCCAGCCUCAGCGGCAGUCUGCACAAGGGGCAUCACGGGCUGGUCCUGCUGGUGGCGCUGGUGCCGCCGAUGGCGACGCCGCUGGCACACAAGCGCAACUUGCUGCAGACGCUGAGCUACAACUCGCCGCUGAUGACGCCCAACACGCGGUUCCUGGUGUCGAGCGCGGCGCUGGGACCGCCCCCCACCAGCGCCAUGGACGUCGACACCGUUGACGGCGCCCACGAGAGCGCUAACGAGAGCGCUAACGAGAGUAACGCUGACGGUAACGCCGACGGCGAUAAUAUCGACUCCCGCAAACGCCGCAGCCACGACGACGGCGAGGAUAAGAUGAGUAUGCGCAACUUGUUGCUGUAG